AUGAAGCUCGCCAUCGUAGGCGCCACGGGCGCAGUGGGCCAGGAAACCCUGCGCCUGAUCGAGGAGCGCUAUCCCCAGCACGACAACCUGAAGCUCCUGGCCUCCAAGCGUUCGGCGGGACGGAAGAUGGAUGUGAACGGGAAGACGUUCGCUGUUGAAGAAACCACGGACGACAGCUUUUCGGACGUUGAUAUCGCGUUCAUCUCAGCGCGCACCGAAGACUCGCGCCGAUUCGGGCCGGUGGCGGCACAGGCCGGGGCCCUGGUGAUCGACGACUCCAGCGCUUUCCGCAUGGACCCAGCCGUGCCGCUGGUGGUGCCGGAAGUGAAUGGGGAAGAUCUGGACUGGCACAACGGCAUAGUGUCCAUUCCCAACUGCUCCACCACGCCACUGGUCAUGGUGGUGCACCCCCUGCGUCAAGCGAGCCCCAUUCGGCGCAUCGUAGCCGACACGUACCAGUCCGUCUCCGGCGCGGGCGGAGCGGCAAUGAACGAAUUGCGGGAUCAGACACGCACCGUGAUGCACGGCGGUCCCGCAGAACCGGAUGCGCAGCCCCAGCAGAUCGCGUUCAACGUCAUUCCUCAAAUCGACAGCUUCACCGAAUCGGGAUACACGCGGGAAGAGCAAAAAAUGAUCGACGAAAGCCGCAAAAUCCUGCACGCGCCGGAGAUAGCGGUGUCCGCAACCUGCGUGCGUGUGCCGGUGUUCGUGUCCCACUGCAUCGCCACGCAUCUGGAGUUCGAAGAGGCGGUGUCGCCGGGCGAGGCUCGCGAGUUGCUCAGUGAGAUGCCCGGCGUAAAAGUCCUCGACGAUCCGGGUUCGUCCGUCUAUCCCAUGCCAGUUGACGCUGCCGGAUCAAACGAUGUGUUCGUUGGAAGGAUCCGGAAAGAUGCCUCCCACUCCAAUGGACUCGCCAUGUGGGUAGUAACCGACAACCUGGUGAAAGGGGCUGCUCUCAAUGCCCUGCAAAUUGCGGAAAACGCCGUGUUUCGAGGAGCAGUGCACGGCAAAUCAAAAUAG